GGGGGACGAGGUGAGCAGAGGUGGUGGGACCCGCAGUGGCGCGCCGAGCGGCUACGGCAGAUGGCCGGCGAGGUGGAGAAGGUGGAUGAGACUGAAUGGUGGAAUAAGAUUGGACAGCUAAGAGAAGGGUCUCAGCAGGAGCUAGUAGUCAAGAAGAAUUUCGGACGCGAUGGGCAGAAUAUACUUGCAGACAUGGCUCAGAGGCACGGCCUUUACUUAUAGCAAUGCAUACAACAAAGGGAAGACGCUUGUUUUCAGCAAAGUGCCACUACCUGAUUACCGAGCAGAUCUUGAUGAGAGGCAUGGAUCAGCACAAAAUGAGAUUAAGAUGUCCAACGAAACAGAGAGACGAGUGGAAAACCUUUUGUCCAGGGCACAGUCGAAUAACAAUGGUUCUGCUAGCUCAUCCACUGUCUUAACACGACAAUCUUUCCCUAGCACAUCAUCGUCAGUAGCUGGAUUAACAACGGAAAUUGAUAAACAAAAGCUAAGUUCUCAGCUUAGGGACCUGCAACAUUCGAAAAAGAUGACGCCAAGUGCUAGAUCAAUGCAGUCCUUGAGGGAAAAGUUGCCUGCAUUCAAAAUGAGAGAGGAGUUUUUGAAAGCAGUGGCAGCCAAUCAGGUUCUGGUCAUUUCUGGCGAGACAGGCUGUGGUAAAACAACACAGCUUCCACAGUUCAUACUAGAAGAGGAGAUAGAUAACCUUCGUGGUGCUGAUUGCAGCAUAAUUUGUACUCAACCCCGCCGUAUAUCCGCCAUAUCGGUUGCAGCACGCGUAGGAUCUGAGAGAGGUGAAGAGCUUGGUGAGACUGUUGGAUACCAGAUUCGCCUUGAAUCAAAGCGGUCAACACAGACACGACUGCUCUUCUGCACCACAGGAGUUUUGCUUAGAAAACUGGUUCAGGAGCCAGACCUACUUGGUGUAACUCAUUUACUAGUUGACGAAAUUCAUGAACGUGGCAUGAAUGAAGAUUUUCUCAUCAUCAUUUUGCGGGACCUUCUGCCAAGGCGUCCUGACCUUCGUCUUGUAUUGAUGAGUGCAACAAUAAAUGCUGAUCUUUUUUCCAAAUACUUUGGGGAAGCUCCUAUUAUGCAUAUUCCGGGAUUCACUUACCCUGUCGCUGAGAUGUUUUUGGAGGAUAUUUUAGAAAAGACCAGCUACAAGAUCAAGUCUGAACGUGAGAAUUUCCAAGGAAAUUCAAGAAGAAAGAGACCUGCGCCAGUUAAGAAUGAUCCGGUGUCUGAUGUUUUUGAGGUUGUUGACAUUGAUAAGGAGUAUGGAAACUACAGCAUUACAACAAGGCAGUCCCUUGAAGCUUGGUCUGUCACUGAACUAGAUUUGAGCCUUGUGGAAGGUACAAUUGAGUAUAUAUGCCGUCAUGAAGGUGAAGGUGCAAUCCUUGUGUUCCUUACUGGUUGGGACGAAAUUUCAAAACUUCUAGACAAGAUUAAAGGGAAUAAUCUACUUGGCAAUUCCAACAAAUUCCUAGUCCUCCCAUUGCAUGGUUCUAUGCCAACUGUCAAUCAGCGUGAAAUUUUUGAUAGAGCACCAGCUAAUAUGAGAAAAAUUGUUCUGGCGACAAAUAUUGCAGAAAGCAGUAUUACGAUAGAUGAUGUUGUAUAUGUAAUUGAUUGUGGUAAGGCGAAGGAGACAAGUUAUGAUGCCUUGAAUAAGCUAGCGUGCCUUCUACCAUCGUGGAUAUCAAAAGCCUCUGCUCAUCAGCGGCGAGGUCGUGCAGGCCGUGUACAGGCAGGUGUCUGCUAUAGGUUAUACCCGAAAGUCAUUCAUGAUGCCAUGCCACAGUUUCAGUUGCCUGAAAUACUCAGGACUCCUUUGCAAGAACUGUGCAUUACUAUCAAAAACUUACAGCUGGGAGCAGUGGCCUCUUUCUUAGCCAAGUCACUGCAACCUCCAGAUCCACUUUCUGUAAAGAAUGCAGUCGAGCUUCUGAAAACCAUUGGAGCGCUGGAUGAUUUGGAGGAGCUUACUUAUCUAGGACAGCAUCUUUGUACACUUCCACUGGAUCCAAACAUUGGGAAGAUGCUGCUCAUUGGAUCUGUCUUCCAGUGUCUGGAUCCUGCAUUAACAAUUGCUGCUGCUCUUGCACAUCGUAAUCCAUUUGUGCUCCCAAUAGACAGAAAGCAAGAAGCUGAUGAUGUAAAACGAUCAUUUGCUGGCGACUCCUGCAGUGAUCACAUUGCGCUUCUUAAGGCAUUUGAAGCAUGGAAGGAAGCAAAACGCAGUGGAAGGGAACGUUCUUUCUGCUGGGAAAAUUUCCUGUCUCCAGUGACCCUAAAGAUGAUGGAUGAUAUGCGGAAUCAAUUUUUUGAUCUACUAUCUGAUAUUGGGUUCGUUAGCAAGACAAGAGGAGUGCAGGCAUAUAACCAUUAUGGUAAGGAUCUGGAGAUGGUUUCUGCUGUUUUAUGUGCUGGGCUUUACCCAAAUGUCAUACAGUGCAAAAGACGGGGCAAGAGGACAGCAUUCUACACCAAAGACGUUGGAAAGGUGGACAUUCACCCAUCAUCAGUCAAUGCGGGAGUGCAGCAAUUCCCACUGCCUUAUCUGGUUUACAGCGAGAAGGUGAAAACUGCUAGCAUCUAUGUGAGAGACUCCACAAACAUAUCAGAUUAUGCUCUUCUACUAUUUGGUGGUUCCCUAAGUCCAAGUAACACCGGAGAAGGCAUCGAGAUGCUUGGGGGGUAUCUUCAUUUCUCUGCACCAAAGCGUGUCAUAGAGUUGAUUCAGAGAUUAAGAGGUGAACUGGACAAACUCCUCCAGAGAAAGAUUGAGGAACCGGCAAUUGACAUCUUUUCAGAAGGGAAAGGGGUUGUGGCUGCGGCCAUAGAACUGUUGCACAGUCAAAACGUUUACCACUAGAAUACUAGAUGCUGCAAUAUAUAUAUACACGUCGCAGAAGGCAAUUUUUUUAGGUGCUUUCUGCCUGGUCUAUCCGACGCGUACUCUGAUAUGUUCGUGAAUAUGAAUACAUUUUGAGUGUUGAGAAAAGAAACUAAGUAUUUCUUGCCA